ACGUACUCCUCACAAAGUUUAUAAAUAGCCGCGUCCCGACACAGCCCACGAACGUUAAGCUAAUUUCGGAAUAUUAUUUUGCAGGCACGCGCCGACGAAGAAAAAUCGAACGAAAAAACGAAAUAAUAAAGGGAAUUAAACAUGAGUUUGGUAUGGACUUUGAUCGCCGGCUUUCUCUACGCCGAGAUUGCCCUGGUUCUCCUGCUGGUGCUGCCCGUGGCAAGCCCAUACCGAUGGAACCGCCUCUUCAAGUCCAAGUUUCUGGCAAUGUUGGCCCAGCAGGCGCACAUAUACUUUUUCCUGAUCAUGGGCGUCCUCGUUCUGUUCCUGCUGGAGGCCAUCCGUGAGAUGCGCAAGUACUCCAACUACGAGCAGUCCGGCGAGGUGCACCUGAACGUGGAGAUGCAGCACAGCAUGCGUCUGUUCCGCGCUCAGCGCAACUUCUACAUCUCCGGCUUUGCCAUCUUCCUGGUUUUGGUCAUCCGCCGCCUGGUGACCCUCGUCUCGGCCCAGGCCAAUCUGUUGGCCCAGAGCGAGGCCUCCAUGAAGCAGGCCCAGAGUGCCACCGCUGCCGCUCGUUCCCUGAUGGAGGACAAGAAGACCGAGAAGGCCAAGGAGGCUGGCGAGGACAGCACUCUGAAUGAGCUCACCAAGCUGCGCGAUCACGUCCAGCAGCUCACCGCAGAUCUCAACCGCGAGAAGAAGGACAAGGAGGCCGUCAAGUCCCAGGCAGAGAGCCUCAAUCGCGAGUACGAUCGCUUGACCGAGGAGUACAGCAAGCUGCAGAAGCAGAUAACCAUUGGCGGAGCUGGCAAGAGCUCAGGAAACAAGGAUGAUUAAGCACGACGUGGAUGGAGCGUUUGGAACGAGUCCAACAUUUAAAUAACGAUAAGACUUAUACAUGGCGGUGGGGCAGCGAAAGCAGGCACAUUUAAAAAGAUUAUAAACGAUUUGAAAUCGAUGAAAAGCACCUACACAUCUUAAUGUUAAACCCUCAUAAACAUAUUCUCAUUUGAUAACGGAAAGGUCUAUUGAUAGUAGUUACCAGUCCCGUUUGCUUUUCGCCUGAAAUUCUCUUGUAUUUUGUAUUUAAUUUGUAUGUCUUAAGUUUUGUUUGCCACAGUAACACACACACACAGGCGCUAGGAGCGUCGUGGCUAUUAAAAGAACAACCAUAAAGUA